ACCGACCGCGCGGAUCGCUUCGGCGGAUCGGGUAAGGUAAGAAGAAGAAGCAUUCCCCUGAGUAAGUCAACCUGCGCCAACCCGACACACGAGGUUCGGUUCUGUCCAGAGGCGCGGAAAACGCUAACUGCUGGCGCUUGGAAAAUUAUUUAUUGUUUAGCCCUCAACCGGAACGGACCGCUGAAUCACGUCUUACGGAAAAUAUCGUGUGUGUCAACAGUUCUGGUGGUGAACUUUAGCAUAGCAUAAAAACAUCGUUUGUGAACCCGCGAUAAGAAAUGCAAAAUGAAAGUGCACUUAUCAACUGUUCCCCCGCUGCAGAAUGUAUCGAACGAUGAAAACUAGAAUCGUAUCACCUCACGAAGAGUUUGGGUGAGAACUGUGUCAAGUCGGUGCAGUGAACGCAUGUGUAGUGUAAACCUGACAGAUUUCCAUUUAGAGUAUUUUUAUUUGCGUCGAUUAAGGAUAUAAAGUAUACAAAACCAAUAUGGUUAAGCCAGCUGCCAGAAUAGUGAUUAAAUUUCUUGAAUUAUUAGGAUGUGUAGCUUGCAUCAUCACUAAGAUUAUCACCGACCACGAAUCGCGGAGAGUAUUCGUGAGAAAUCAAAAGUUGUCUAGAGAAUGGAGUCUGAUACACAACAUCACCUGGAGCAGUGGGGGCAACGCAUUUACCAAUAUCGUCUACGGUGGUUACACGAUUGUCAUCGCACUCAUGCUAAUCACAAGAUGUGUAGAUGCCAAAUCGAGACCAACAUUGUUUGAGAAGAUUAUCCUAUCGCUAGGAACACUAAUGUUCUUCGCUACCGGUGGCUUGGUUUUUGCCUCAAUAGAUCAAGUACAUCCGGACCUCCAUGACAACGCAAUCAUUCUCGGUUGUUUAUCGUUCCUGGUGGCGAUACUUUUCAUAUUCGAUUUGGCCGACCCGAUGGCUCGCAUGACGGCCCACAUGACACAAACCGAAGGCUCUACCGUUGCCAAAGUGUCGCAGGCCACGGAAACGGAAAAGGAUAUGCUGAAGAAAGAUGUGGCAGCGGACGUCGAUGCUGCCGCGGUAUAUUCUAUUUCACAAGAUCGUUAUCGAGAUAUGGUCGGACCGGAAAGGCAGAGUCUGCACGACAUACAGGGGAAUGACUAUCAGAACCACUAUGGUAGGGGUGAGCCCGAUAAACGAAGCUAUCGCGCGCGACCCGACUCCCGACAUCAGAGUAAUUUUGACCGACACGAUCCGGAACGCCGGAGCACGGAAUCGAUUGUUGAGCGGAAGGUACUGCCAUCGGUGCAGGUACCAGUGUUCUCAUAUAUACGCGGUCCCGAAGAAAGCCGCCGAAUUGCGGGGAAGGAAAUCCAGUAUCUACCCGGACCUGACUAUCGGGAUCGCCGGGAGUAUCGCGACGCGGGUCCAUACACGAGCCGCCAGUCACUGCAUCCGCACUCCUCCCCGAAAGCAGCCUCAUAUCACGAUAACGAAUCGUUCGUGGAUGAAAUCUCACCUUCGAGACGCAGCACGUACGUUCCGGCGGACAAGUACGACAGCGAGGCGGUCCAAAUAAAGCCCCGAUUCAGUCGUCCGGCACCGCCAGCCAAACCAACCACGGUUCCGCUGGCGCAUCAAGGAUCCGCAUCGGAAUCCAGCUGCAGCAACUGCCACUGCUCGCAGAGAGGUGCUCCGCCCAAGCGAAACGGUCAGCAGCAACAGCCGAGAGACGAACCGGAUACACCUAUAAGACCGGGUUAUGUAGCCAAUGCAGCGAGGAAGUGGGACGAACGGCUGCGGAGCAAGAGCCAACCCAUUAUCGGAUUGAAUACGAUGGUUUGAGUGAUGAUGUUGGUGUCCCUCUGUUUUCAAUGAGUAGUUUGUAUGAUUGUUAAUGAAAUAAAAAAAAAGCAAAGGCGUUUUUUUUGUUUUGGUACGUUUAAAACAACUAUAUUGGUUACUCAUUCCGCGUAGUUGGGAAGAUGUUUCCGUGCACUAGAUUAUACAAAUUGUUGGCUAGUAUUUUGCAGUAUUUUUAGUUGUUAAGUUUAACGAGUAUUCAUCGAUGAUGCGCUGUUGAAGAUGGCCGCGUCUUAACUGAAUAUAUGCAUCUAACGGGACAAUUCAACAACUUCAGGGAGAUACACUAAGGCAGGCAGGUUGGCACUAAGUAAGAUAUCGGGGAACGUGGGGAACCGGUCAUUGGAUCUCUGUAGCUUAGCAAGCAACACAUGUAGGAUAGGGAGGGCACAGGUCUCCACAUGCUGGCGGUACGCUUGGAGUGCAAGGAUCAUCUGUGAAGUAGCAGAGAAAAUGAGAUGCUAUGAAUACAACGGAUUUCCAAUUUACAGUUUCAUAAAUUAGUUAUACAUAAAAUGAUAUAAUUUGUACGAUGUUUUCAAAACGCUGCAAAAAAAAGAAAAGGUUGGUCCUAACCCAAAUCCGAUCAGAAAUUGUAAAAGCCAGUAUGCACCCAACAAUUAUUGCAAUUCUGUCGAAGAUAUUAGCAGAUUUGCUCGAACGAACGUUAUCAACAAUAUUACACAAUAUGGAAAUAUGGCAUUAAUUUAAUUUUCAAAUAUAAUGAACCUAUAGCACCACUAGCAACCUGAUAUAAUCUAUACUAGGGUGACAAUGGAUUUAUGGAAAAAAAAUUAAUCAUCGAAUUUCAAAAACCGACAAUGUACAUUGAUUUUCGGCCAAAAUUUUUUUAUCGAGAUGACACCAGAUUCUGAGGUUUUUUGCAUUUUUAAGUUAAUUGGCAUCGAAAAAAAAAAUUAGAUUUUCCAAAUUUCCUAUAUCUCCACACUAUAAUCUUCGAAAAUCAGGAAGAAUUAAAAUAAAAAUCAGGAGAAAUCAGGAUAGCUCAUAUUAGGUUGUCUGGAAAGUUCAUGUCGACUUUUUUGUGAAAACAAAACCACAGGCCCAAACUUUCCGAACAACUUUAUUUUUCUUCGAUAAAUGGAUUUUCUUGUUUAAUUAUCUUAUACAUCGAUAGG